AUGCAAUUACUAGGACUGGCUUUCGUCCUAUUAUCAGGCACGCAAAAUAUUCAUGCUCAGUCAUUUCCGAAAACCCCUCUAUUAGGGUGGAAUUCCUAUAAUUAUCUUGCUUGCUCUCCUAACAGCACUACAAUCGAAGCUGCUAUCAAAUCUCUCUCUGACCUCGGCUUUGUAGAGUCUGGCUACAAGUACUUCCAACUCGAUUGCGGUUGGGCUUCGAGAGAUGGACAGCGCAAUCAAACUAGUGGCGCACUCGCAAUUGAUACUCAAAGAUUUCCGAAUGGCUUACAGCCAUUGAGUAAUUUAGCGCGAUCGAAGGGAAUGAAAUGGUCAAUGUAUUCAGAUGCAGGGACGAGAAUGUGCGAUACAGAGGUUCCAAGCCCCGUACUAGGAUCCCUCGGGCACGAAGCAGCAGAUGCAGCUCUCUUCAAGAGCCUUAACACCGAAUAUGUUAAAUAUGAUAAUUGCUACGUUGACGGACCAUCAUCAACCCAGAAUGCGCCCAAGGAUCCAAGGACCGACUUUGUGACAAGGUUCCGAGUUAUGUGGGAUCACCUACAGAAAGUUGGAAUUUACGGUAUGCUUAUUUGCCAAUGGGGUGUCCCACUUUCAACAUCAUCUGGACUAGAUGGGCCUUCCAAAUGGACCGGAGGGAUCUCUACAUCAUUUCGCUUGUCGGAUGACAUAGCCCAAGGGUGGGAAAACGUUUACCGCAUCUACAACCAAGCUAUACACAUUGCGCGUUCUGGUACCAUCGGGCCUGGGCACGUUGUUGAUGCAGACAUGCUCGAGGUGGGGAACAAGGGUAUGACCUUCGACGAGCAAGCGACCCAUUUUGCUAGCUGGGCCAUGCUGAAAUCUGCUCUCAUGAUCUCAACCAACCCUACCACGCUUACACCCGAAACAAUCAAGAUGCUUCAAAACAAAGAUCUCAUUUCGAUCAACCAAGACCCAUCUGUGAAGCCCAUUCAACUUCAACAGCGUUGGAGGUCCGAUCGAGAUCUCUGGGCUGGUGAUUUAUCAAAUGGAGAUCGUGCAGUCUUGCUUGUCGAUCUUAGCAACACCGAACGUACAUUGACGCUGCACCUAUCUGAUAUUGGAAUCCAGUCUGCAACUAUAAAAGAUCUGUGGAAUGGUGAGACUGUAGACAGCGCUACCUCGUUCUCAAAAGCAGUAAAAGCUCGGGGAUCGGCACCGCUACGUCUUUCGAAUAUUGUGUACAUGAAGGCAGCAAAGACAGAGUAUAGAAAUAUCUCAGCAUCAAGUGGGGUACUUUCUUCAGGUUCGAAUAUACAGCCAUGCUCCGGCUGUCUAUCUGGUAGCAAGGUCGGCAAUCUGGGAGGUUCUAACAACGGCCGGCUGAUAUUGACUGGUCUCAAAACGUCUCAGGCUACCCAACCCGUGGCCUUCGACUAUAUCAAUUGCGAGAUUGGUUACCUCGGCGGCAGUAAUAAUGAGCGUCUGGCAUCUAUCAGUGUAAACGGCCGCUCUGCACAGGUUGUAAGCUUUCCGCUGAGUGGCUAUAACUGGGAGGUAGAUGUUUAUCGAGGUUUCAAAGUUGAAUUAUCAGGAUUCAACACAUCCGGACCUAACAAUAUUACAGUAUCUGGCGUUGGCACAAGCUGGGCUCCUGACCUAGACCAAGUUGGACUUAUUGUAUAG